CAGUCCCGUGAAACGCUUGCGUGGGAGUUCCCUCCACCGCCAUGUCGGGAUGGUGCACAUCGCUCCCUUUCUCCCUCUCUCCCUCUCUCUCUUUCUCCACACAUCCUCCCCCACAUUAUAACAGCUUAGCACGGCAGAAGUAGAUCCUACAGCAUCCAGCAGCCAGCAUCCCUCUAUCCCUGCCUGGGGAGCAGCAGUCCUACCCGGCGCAACACCGUGUGAGUGAUGCCACAGCAUCAUCCGCAUUUCGACACCAAAUAAUCGAGAGUUAAUCCCGCAAAGGAGAGCUUGGGGUGAGGGAAAAUUUGCUUCAGCCUCGAAGACGACAACUGCCCAUGAAGAUGUCUAACGCUGACACCGUCUUAAACCCCACCGAUCGGGUGGUAAAAUCUGUCCCCUUCCCCUUAAGCCACCGCCUUACAAUGAAGGAAGUAUUCGACUGUGAAGGCAAACCUCGCGUAGAUCUGCUGAAGGCUCACCUGACCAAGGAGGGCCGUGUGGAGGAAGCCGUCGCGCUUCGAAUCGUCAAUGAGGGAGCAGCCAUCCUCCGUCAGGAGAAAACUAUUCUCGACAUUGAGGCACCAGUCACAGUCUGUGGGGACAUCCAUGGUCAAUUCUUUGAUCUUAUGAAGUUGUUUGAAGUGGGAGGAUCACCAGCCACAACACGGUACCUGUUCCUCGGGGACUAUGUUGACCGUGGCUACUUCAGUAUUGAGUGUGUUUUAUAUCUUUGGUCGCUGAAAAUCCUCUAUCCAAAGACACUAUUUUUACUUCGUGGAAAUCAUGAAUGUAGACAUUUGACAGAAUAUUUCACCUUCAAACAAGAAUGUAAAAUCAAGUACUCGGAGCAGGUGUAUGACUCAUGUAUGGAUGCAUUUGACUGCCUUCCUUUGGCUGCACUCAUGAACCAGCAGUUUUUGUGUGUCCACGGAGGACUCUCACCUGAAAUACACACCUUAGAUGACAUUAAAAAGUUGGAUCGGUUCAAAGAGCCGCCAGCGUUUGGGCCCAUGUGUGACCUGCUCUGGUCAGAUCCUCUGGAAGACUUUGGAAAUGAGAAAACCCAGGAAUACUUCAGUCACAACACAGUGCGAGGUUGCUCCUACUUCUACAGUUAUCCAGCUGUGUGUGAGUUCCUACAGAGCAAUAACCUAUUAUCAAUUAUUCGAGCACAUGAAGCACAAGAUGCUGGUUACCGGAUGUACCGUAAAAGUCAGACAACUGGAUUCCCAUCCCUUAUAACCAUCUUCUCUGCACCAAAUUACCUGGAUGUUUACAACAAUAAAGCUGCUGUACUGAAAUAUGAAAAUAACGUCAUGAACAUUCGACAGUUCAAUUGCUCGCCACACCCCUACUGGCUGCCCAACUUCAUGGAUGUCUUUACUUGGUCCCUGCCGUUUGUUGGAGAAAAAGUCACUGAAAUGUUGGUGAAUGUGUUAAGCAUCUGCUCUGAUGAUGAACUCAUGAAUGAUGAAGAUGAGAUAUUUGAUGCCAAUGCAGCCGCGGCUCGCAAAGAGGUGAUCAGAAACAAGAUCCGUGCUAUUGGGAAAAUGGCCAAAAUGUUCUCGGUUCUCAGAGAGGAGAGUGAAAAUGUGUUGACGCUUAAGGGCCUGACGCCCACUGGCAUGUUGCCAAGUGGGGUUCUCUCUGGAGGCAGACAGACACUGCAGAGUGCCACCAUUGAAGCCAUUGAAGCCAUCGAGACGCAUGAUGAGGACAGAGAAGCUAUUCGUGGGUUCUCCCCCCAACACAAGAUCACCAGCUUCGAGGAGGCUAAGGGCUUAGACCGCAUCAAUGAGCGCAUGCCACCUCGCAAGGAUGGGGUGAACCACGUGGGCCACUCCAUGGGCAAGAUGAAUAUGUCAGAGGCAAACGGCACAGAAGACAACAGCAACAUCCAGUAAUGUGUUGUCUGAGCCACGGAAACUGUGCCGCUGUUACAGUCAUGCAGGAAGACUUUACUUAAUGGGAAAUUCAGGCCUCAGAACACAGAAAUCAAACAGGCCUAUCGCUAGAACAUGAAACCUGCAGCAAAUCUAAACACUGGGCGAAAACGUCAUUUAUUUCAUGACGGCAUGUCAUUGCACUGUUAGGGGGAGGGAGGAGCUAGGGUUCACAGCAAAGGGGCAGGGAUACAGAGAGACCCACAAGCUGCAGCAAAGAAGUGCUUUUGGAAGUUGUGUCUGACUGUAGUUCCCUUUCUCAAUUCGAUUACAGACUGAAUUGUUGGGAGUUAUUUUGCUGCAAGUGCUGACACACGUGUGCUCCUUCAUUGCAGGGCCUGACAGAAGACAUGAGUGCAGUAUCCAUAUCACAUAAUGUUUUACAAAGUAUUUAUUAUGAAUCACUCACAAAUGCACAUCAAAAGGAGAAUUAUCUACUUUAUCUUAUUGUUUUUGCUAGUAUUAGGUCAUGUCACUUUGGGAAAGACAACACCGAAAGGAAAAAGAGAUGCAAAUAUGUAAAUGUAUGUACCUCUUCAAACUCUGCAGCCCACCAUCUUAUCGGUGAACUUAAAUUUAUUGAUUUACCUUGUUGUAAGAUGCUGCCAACCUGCAGGGAAAAAAAGAAGACGGGGUUCUCAUGUCACGAACAACUCCACUGCAGACCCAGAUCCACCUUGGAUAUGUCUUAGUAACCUCCGGCAUUGCCUCGUUCCUUCUCUCCUCAAAAUCUGCCAUCCACAGAACCUGGAGGAAAAGAACAGAUGAUUUAGAAGACGCAGUCCCGCUGUUUGCUGCACCCCAGAUUAAACAAAGCGAUUUGACUUCAAAAUAUAUCAUUUACUCCUUUUUAAUCUCAGUCUGGUUAUUCACGUCUCUUCCAAAAGAGCGUUUUACAUAGGCAUGAGCUGGUUUGAGCUUCUAAUAAUACUAACACAAAGAUUUUAAGCAAUAUUGUGUAAUUUAAUCUAACUACCCUAACUUAAAAACAGAAAAAAAUUCAAACAGAAUUUAAUUGGCAUCAGAGUUAUCUGAAAGGUCAUUUUAAUCUGUAGUCCUGGUAAGUCAGCAAAUGCAACAAUAUCCCUACUGCUGCUGAAUUAAUAAAUUGUUUAAUAUUUUUUAGCACCUUUUUGAUAUAUUUACUUUGAUUCUUAGAUGUAAGGAAAACUAUAGACUAAAAAAAUUUAAUUUAGUGACAAUCUACUUUGUAAGUGCUUAUUGCUCAGAAUUGUUUAUGAGUAACAGAAGUUUAAAAAGUAGAUAUAUGCUGAUUAGUUAAUAAUGCUGUGGCCUCCUGCUUUACAGUAUGUUGUUAGCAGUGAGAAAACCAUGGUUUUCUCAACCAAAUUGCCCAACUUGAUAUCUUGUAUACAAAAUAUUGUACCUCCUUCAACCAUGAAUGCAGCAGAUGGGGAUGAGCAGUUUUGAUUAUUCUAUUCCCUGAACAGCCAGAGAAAACUCUUGCCACUAUGGCACUUUCCCUUCUAUUAAUAUCACUUCAAACUAUCCCACCAGUGUGAUGGAAAAUUUAAUCACUUAAAGUCAUCAUUUUUUGGAUGCAUGACAUAACUAAAUAGACAUAACCAGCCCAUGCCUAGUUCCACAUCAGAACAGCUCAUGUUAAAAACAUCUUCACCUUACAAAUUCAUUAAAAAAAUUAUAGUUUUUUCAGGAUAUUUAAGCUUCAUUUCUGUAUAACAAUAGCCUUUCUUCCCUUCGGCAUUAACACAGCUUUCAGAGGAAAACAAAAGUCACUUUGAAUGUUGAUACAUACCUGGGUUUCAAGAUAUUAAUGAACUGUUAUUUCUUUUCUGCUUCUUGCUAAAGAAAUAGCAAGAAUGCAAACAGUGACUUCAGCAUACAUCACUAUCCUGUGAAUUUUUGCAUCUUUUUCUUUUCCAAAACAUUCUUGGAUUUUAUGCUUGCAAAAUGUGACAAGGAAGUUCUGGACGUUCACCAGGUAUUGAAAUGUUCCAGUUAAUCAAAACAGCAUCUGUACUGGUGUUUUUGAUUCAUCAAAAUGGGAUGAGGGCAAACUACAGUUGCUUUGGAAAAUCUUUAACCCAGCACUGAUUUAUUCAUGCUCACUCCCUUCUUUGAAAUUUAGAUUCUGUGGUUGCCAACAUUUUCGCCACUUCCUGACCUGGUGUAGAUAUUACAGCAGUUUUUUUGGAAUCCCAUGUUUUUUUGUUUUUGUUUUGUUUUGUUUUUUCAAAAAUAGAGAAAAUAUGAGAAAAGAUCAUUUUCAAACUAUAUAUCUGAAGUAGUCUAGCAGGACUUUAAAGAAUAGGUCUAUGGCAGAAUGCCUUUUCAUUUUGCAAAGAUGUAUUAUUGAAUGAGUAUACCUAAUCUGUAAUACUUUUUUUAUAAAAAAAAGUGUACAACAGGCCAACAUUGGAAAUUGAAUCUUGUAUUCAACUAUUUAAUCAAACUUUUGUUUUUUUUCUGAAUAUUUUUUUUCAUUUGUUUUUGCUCUAGAACAUGAUCAAAACUGGAUGAUUUGAUAUUAAUUAAAAGCUAAAGCCUCACUGUGAGCUAAAUGCAAUUAAUCAAUAUCUCCAAACAGUGUGUGAGUCUUUCAGAGUCUGGAGUACCUCAAGAGUCGGAAACAUCCUGAGUAAAAUUUAUAAGUUGGAAUGACAAGCAUCUAUGAUGGCCACCUCGCAACAAAUUUCUUGAAUUUUUUGUCAUUUUCCUGGUUUGGAUGCCAUUUUUCUUUUCAGUGAUAAAGGUAUGUGAAGUAAAGAUGGGCAAAAAGUGACUUAACACAGCAUCUAUGGUAUGGAACGCAUCAAUGCAUGCAAUUAAGUUCCUAGUUGUUAUGUGAGAUUAUAAUUGUGAUAGAUAGUUGUGUUUCAAAUAGUAAACUUGAAUUCAUUUAUUUUUGGAUUAUAUUUGUAGUUUUGUCUUGUUUUAUAAAUUUUAUAAAUAGGCUUCCUUUGAUUGUUUUUGGUAAUUUUUUUGUUUCAUUUUGUUAUUUACUACCACUGCUUUUAAUUUUAUAUUGAUUUCAUGUAUGCAGAGAUGCCCUUCUAAGGUUUAAAGCCUUGUGCUAUAUAUACAUUUUUUUUGUUGUACUAAUGUACAGAAAAUGUUCAAUAGUGUGAAUGAAUAUAAUCUCAGUGAAAAGCUACUCUUUCAGGCUGCCAAAGCAUGAUAGCAUGGUUUUCUCAAAUGUAAAUGAAUUGGACACACAGACAAAUCAGGUGUCACACAUUUAACAGGAAACAUUGUAUUCUGGUUAUAUUUACUGCUGAUAUUAUUGUUACAAUUUAGCUUACAGUUCUUUUCAUUCCUUGGUUUAUGGUUCUCGUAUAGUCAAAAUGCAUACUUCAACAACGAGAUAUAAUGGAUUUUAUCUUGCAACAUUUUUUUAUCUAUGGAGAUAUGUUUUGGCAUUUGACUUCCUAAAUAAUACACAUACUGUAAGCAUGCCCUAUGGGACAAAUCACAUUUUUUUUACUCUUGAAUAAAAUAUGCAUGAACAAAU